AUGUUAAACUGGGUGGUGAAAGUCGUCCCUCAGCCCCCACUGCCCACUGGGAAACUGAGAGGGGACGAGCCAGCCGAUGGAACUUCACCACUCCUAGUGGGACCAAAUGCUCCCUUCACCGAAGUGUGUCUGUGUGCGACCCCUGGUGCCAAGCCAAAGGAGGAGGGGAUCUCAGAAAGUAGUUUGCAGAGGGGGAUGUUGACCUGGAUCUCGCACAAACUGCCCAGCACUCUGCCUCAGUCCACAGGAAGCCCCAAGCCCAGCAGGGAACCAUCCGGUGACAAGACACGCCUUGCAAACUCGUACGCUGUUAACUCAAACCAAACAGCCCACCCUCUGAGAGAGAAAAGCCUGCCAAACACCCCCCUGAAAACAGUCUCCCUCAGAGACAUCGGCACCCAGCCCUCUGGAGGGGAGGAGGCCACCACGGACCCCAGGUUUGCCCAGCAUGAUAUUAUUGAGAUGAAGAUGAAACCUGGGGUCAAUGGUUGGAUUUCACAAGGACUGAACAAAGUGGUUCCUCAACCAGAGGGAAAGUACCAGGAGGGCCCUGAGCCUGAAGAAAUUACAGAAGUGUCUGAUAUAAAGGAACUUGCAGGUGAACUUCCAGAAACGGAGCCCCCGCCACACGUACCAGUUGCGGAGUUGCAGUCUGAAGAGAAGACUGCAGAGACAGACACCAGGAGUCGCUCUUCCCACCCAAGAGUGAUGAAUUGGAUAUGGCAGAGCUUGGGGAAGGUGGUGCCCCAGCCAGUGGAUGGCCAGUACUCCGUCAUCAUGGAGGAGACCUCGAAGACCCCAGGCAAAGAAGCACUGAUUGCAGAUGAAUCUGAGCCCCAAAGACAGAACAUGCUGGGAUGGAUCUUUCAGGGACUUGGCCACAUGCUGCCGCAGCCAGUCCUGAGACCCAGAUCAGAAUCACUGGAAAGCACUGAUGGACAGACUUCCUGUGUGCAUCCAGACCCUGCGCAGAUGCUUCUGAAGGACACAGACCCACACAUGGAGACGGAGAAAGAGAAACAGGAAGAGGAAACGUCCAAGACAUCUCUAGAGGCAAGGCUUGAGGGCCGCCUGGCAGAAGCCCGAGCAGCGGAGGAGUUGGCCAUGCAGGCAGCUAAGCAGGCGGCCAGGCGCCUGGAGGAGGCCCAGUCUGCAGAGUUACAGACAAUCCAAGAAGAGAAUGAGGAUGAGCUCAGUAGGAUUUCAGAGUACUUGGUGGAUGUAUGUCCCUCUGAGCCUGAGCUGGAACCUGGUAGGACGACCUCCCCUGCACCCAGCAAUCUGGCACCUUCAGAGAGGAGGGACUCGCUGGUCCCUGUGUCCACUGACACCAAUACUGUCUCAGUAACUCAACAACCUGAGCGUGGUGAUGAGCACCCUCCAUCUCUAGCCUCCACUCAGAGCUGCCAGCUACCCCCAGCUACCCCGCUUGCCUCGUAUCAGGCUUCUGAGACACCCGCCAGGCCUCCACCCUCCCAGCUGCCAUGCAGAGGCUUCACCCGUCGCUCCACCGGACCUUCAGAGGGCCCCAGGCCCCAGUGCCCGUCCGUCACCGUAAAGGUCACUGACUCAGAUGGAGGCUUAAUGGUGCCAAAAACCACUGUCCCACAAAGCCAAAGCACUUUAGAUGUACCGACUGUCUCCAUGGUAACUCAAAGCAAAGAGCUGGAGCCCCCUAGUGAACUGAAUGACAAUGUGGUGACCACUGUCAAGGCUUCUGGUGAAGCAGAGCAGCUCAGCACCGUGGUUAGUGAGCGGCUGCAGGAGCUGCAGAGGCUCUUCAGGGAGAGGACCGAACGCAUCAGGGAAAGGCUGAUCGACCCGGAUGAAUCAGACGAGGAAACCCCCCCUUCCUCUCCUACCAAGAAGGCUGCUCAGGCCGCACCCCCACCUCCCCCCCCACCUGCUGGAGAGGUGUUGGCAGCCCCCACUGAAGGGGGGGUGCAAGAGGACCAGUACAAUCUGCUGGGGUACCAACUGACAAUACCACCAUGGGCCAAAUCUCUUCUAGAGUUCCGCUUCCCCCAGAGCAUUGACCCCUACACCAGCCUGAUCUAUGUGAUAUGGCUGUUUUUCGUCACCAUGGCCUGGAACUGGAACCUGUGGUUGAUCCCGGUACGCUGGGCCUUCCCCUACCAGACAGCCAACAACCUUCACCUGUGGCUGUUGGCGGAUUACCUGUGUGAUGCCGUCUACAUCCUGGACAUCCUGGUCUUCCAGCCCCGCCUUCAGUUUGUCCGUGCCGGCGAUAUCGUGACUGACAGAAAAGACAUGCGAGAAAACUAUUUACGGACGCAUCGCUUCAAGAUGGAUGUGCUGUCCCUCGUUCCACUGGAGGUAUUUUACCUGAGAACAGGCGUGAACUCCCUGCUCCGUUUCCCUCGACUGCUCAAGUAUAUGGCUUUCUUAGAGUUCAACGAUCGUCUGGAAGCUGUCCUCAGUAAAGCUUACAUCUACAGGGUCAUCUUGACAACCACUUAUCUGCUGUAUUCGCUGCACAUCAACGCCUGUCUUUUCUACUGGGGCUCUGCUUACGAGGGCCUAGGAUCCACUAAAUGGGUCUACAACGGCGUGGGUAACAGUUACAUCCGCUGCUACUACUUUGCCGUGAAGACCCUGAUCACCAUCGGGGGCCUGCCAGACCCCACCACCCUCUUUGAGAUCGUCUUCCAGAUGGUGAACUACUUUGUGGGAGUCUUCGCCUUCUCCAUCAUGAUUGGACAGAUGAGGGAUGUGGUGGGUGCAGCCACAGCAGGACAGACCUAUUACCGAACCUGCAUGGACAGCACUAUCAAGUACAUGUCCUCCUACAACAUCCCCCACCAGGUCCAAAACAGAGUCAAGACUUGGUAUGACUACACCUGGAAGUCCCAAGGCAUGCUGGAUGAGCGUGAGUUGUUGGUGCAGCUACCGGUGAAGAUGAGGCUGGACAUCGCCGUGGAUGUGAACUAUACCAUCGUCAGCAAAGUCGCGCUUUUCCAGGGUUGUGACCGGCAGAUGAUCUUUGACAUGCUGAUGAGGCUUAAGUCUGUGGUCUACCUGCCUGGAGAUUUUGUCUGUAAAAAGGGAGAGAUUGGUCGAGAGAUGUACAUUAUCAAGGACGGGGAGGUGCAAGUGGUUGGGGGUCCGGAUGGAAAGACCGUGUUCGUGACCCUGAGGGCAGGCUCUGUCUUUGGAGAAAUCAGCUUGCUGGCAGUGGGCGGAGGAAACCGCAGGACAGCCAAUGUUGUUGCCCAUGGCUUUGCCAACCUCUUCAUCCUUGACAAGAAGGACCUGGCGGAGAUCCUGGUGCACUACCCAGAAUCUCAGAAGCUGCUGCGCAAGAAGGCCAAGAAAAUGCUGACGAAAGACAAGAAGCCAGAUGACAGCGGUGAGGGCAAGGGGGCCACGGAGGUGAUUCCCCUGAGGCCGGACACCCCCAAGCUUUUCAGGGCAGCGCUGGAGGUCACCGAAAAGUCUGGCAUUAUGGGAACCUUUGCCCAGCUGAGGGAGAGGAGGCAGAUGUCCAGCGCUACCUUGGAGCCGACAAGCUCCCCACAUGCACCUGUGUCACCUCCAACGCCCCCAAAAUGAUGAAGGCAACCUGAAAUACUUCUGUAAAUUAUCCAGCGAUAUUAACACUGUCCACUCCUACUCACAUUCCCAGACAACCUCUCUCAUAUUUCAGCUACGACUCCAUGCGUCACCGUGACCCAAACUAGAGGAUGACUCUGGCAUCCUUGUGAUCCUCUAGGAGAUCCUCACUGUGGAAUAAGUCAAGGAAGCCCCAGUUGAAGGCUAUCCCCAAGGACUAUGAUGAAGACAUCCACCCUCGCCUCCUCUGUAUCCCAGCAACAGGAAGUGAGGUCACAAUCAGCUUGUGGACACACCCAUUUCUUGCAUCUCACAAGAAAGAAUUUACACCAGGUGGAAUAACAGACCUUUACUAAUUACAGUUCUGAGCUAUCCUGUGAGUUUCCAUCAUUUACAUCCUCAUACACCAUCUGUUGGUCUGAUCCGGUCCUUCAUGUAAGUUUUCUAUCUGUCAAUGAUCUCCAGCUCUUCUGUGUCCUAAAACCAUGGGUCCCUCUCUGAGUGUCUGCUGACAUGAUCCACCCUGCCAGUCUGACUCACCCCAACUGCUUGACUGACUGCUUCCCUUUGCCAGGAAAUUGCUAGUUUGUCCUCGCAGAGUCAUGGGCGUGACAAGGGAGAUGUAAGAGGGUGAUCCUCUCUGAGACAGCAUUUUAGAGGGCAUUAUCUGUUGGUCUGAGAGAAUCCUCUCUGUCUCCUUUCAGUAAACAUUAGUUAAGGGCUGCUGCAGACAUUGCUGAAUUUUACAGAGAUUAGUGGCCAGACAAAACAAGCCAGCAGCUGCCUUAUCCUAGCCCUGAAAACUGGUCUACUGAAAUACAAGACAUCAGCAUUACAGGCAGGGGCUUCAGAGGGGCCCGGAUAUUCUGGCAGAUUCAGGGGGCCCAGCACUUAACAGGGGCCCUUGAAUAAGUAAAACUCUAUGUAAAACUGGGUGGAGGGUGGGGGUUCUAGGUACACCCCUAAUUAUAGGUGAUGCACAUAUUGUGUAUUCUGCGUACCAUACCCUAGUUAUUUAUUUCAAGUAUUUAAAUUAUAUUAAGGACUGAUUGUUUCAGCUUUGACCCUCAGCCCAGCUAGAGCACAGCAUUCCAACAACAUUCUAGUAGCAUUUGCAGUCCGUCAGAGAAACUUCAUUCAACAUGUUAACUAGGAGAAGCUUGAAGCCUGGCCGGCUGCAAUAAAACACCACUGAACAGGCAUCAUUGACUGGAAAACAGUGCAUGUGCAAAACCGGCUUAAUAGCAUCGUGGAAAAGUCAUUUUAUUCGGAUUUUCCAUGGCUUAAGGCGCUGGGUAAAAGAACUGCAUAGCUAAUGCAUGUAAUAUGCAGUAUAAAUUUCCACUAUUAAAAGAAUACACCGCAAUGUCAGUAUAAUGUGUGCUUCUGUGAUACUCCGAGAAGCGGUGACGCCUCACUGGCUUCUCCAAACAGACGCUUGUGUAUGCAGAGAGAAAGGAAGGAAAUCCUGAGCGAUUCCUGUUGUUUUGUGGUAAUCAGACGAAAAUGGCGGGAAUUGUGACCAUUUACCAGGAAGAGGAAGACCCAACCUUGACACAUAUUUUUGUAGUGUAGCCUCACGUCCAGGCAAGCUGUGAGACCUCAGCCUGGUGUCUACAGCUGCCCCCCAUGUGCUCAGCUAUUCCUAACGUUGAAAAAAAUGGCUAAUUCUUACGUCACUAUCUUAAUUAGGAUUAUAGGAAUGUUUCGGGAACACUUGUAAUCGUUUUCUGCUGAUGUUUCUCUUCUCUACUAAUUUACACGCUGUUUACAGUGUUGUGGUUUUUGAAUGGCUAUGCUUUUCAGCUAAUGAUUUCUCAUACAAGUUGUUUCAUAUUAAGCACUUUAAUUACUAACCACCUUUCAACAGAAAAAAUACAACCCUUUAGGAAUAACUUUGAAAGUUACGUACACUCAUUUUUUACGGAGGACUAUUUAGUCGUAUUCAGCUAAUAAUAGUAAUAAUUAUUAUUAUUAUUAUUUUAUAAUGAUGAUGUUAAUAAAACAAAGGUCAGUGAAAUCCAUGUAAAAUCCACUUCGUAUACAAUAUAUAUGUGUGAUAUAACCAACAUGGAAUGUUCAGUAAGAUCUGUAUAAAUACUGCUUCGGUAGCGUGUGCAGUACUUAUAUAGGUAGUGGAUACAAAACUGCAAAACUA